AUGGCUGCCCUCACGGCCGCUGCAUCCCGCGUCAAGGUCAAUGCCGCCGUGAGCGUCUCUCGCGCCGCCGUAUGUCUCCGCAACCCGGCACCUCCACAGCACGCCCCACCGCCACAACCACCCCCGCACCGUAACAAAGCCUCAGACAAAGAGCUCUACCUCUCCGUCCUCACCUCAACGUCCACCAAGCGCGAAGCCCGCUCCUACCUAAAGCGCUUCACCCCCGCCCCCGCCAUCCUCAAAUACCUCAAAGAGUCCUCCUUCACGCAGCCCGGCGCCUCUACCUGCACCCUCCCGCCCCCGCCCAGCGACGACCUGCACAUCGGCAUCGUCAAGAUCCGCGACGCAACAACAAUCGACACCCCCACCCUCCACGGCAUCGGCCGCACCCUCUCGCAGCUCACCCGCCUCGGCCUCCACCCCGCCGUCAUCCUCGACGAGCCGCCCCCCUCCGCCCCCUCCCAGCUCGGCCAAUGGCGGGCGAACGUAGAAGCGCAAUGCGACCACCUCCUCCUCGCGCCGCUCUCCCGCGGCGUCAUCCCCGUGCUGCCGCCGCUGGCGAUGGACACGGCACACAUGUACGCCGCAACCACAGGCGACGACCUGCUGCUCGCGCUGACGGCGCUGCUGGCAGCGCAGGACGGGGUGGCGCUCGAGCGGAUCGUGCUGCUCGACCCCCUCGGCGGCAUACCCUCGCAUGAUCGCCCGGCGGGCGCGCACGUGUUUAUAAACCUUGCGCAGGAGCACGAUACUAUCACGGGACAUCUACCCGCUGACUCGCCGCACGCGAGGAACCUGCAUGUGCUGCGCACGGCGCUGGAGAUGCUGCCGGCGACGAGCUCUGCGUUAAUCACUACGCCCUCCCUGGCUGCCGCCGCCGCCGCUGCUGCUGCUGCCACUACCACCGCCGCCGCCGCCCCUACGAAGACGAAAAACCCACUAAUCCACAACCUUCUCACCGACAAGCCGCUGACCUCCUCCUCGCUGCCCCUCUCCGACCCCGCCAUCGACCUUCCAAAACUCGUCGCGCUCGUCGAAGACAGCUUCGGCAAGCGGCUGGACCUCGAGCACUAUCUGAAGCGUGUAGACGGGCACAUAGCGGCGCUGGUGGUGGCAGGGGAAUAUGAGGGCGCUGCUAUCGUUACGUGGGAGUACCCCGAUUCCGACCCCGACCCCGAUUCCGACUCCGAGGUGGUCGGCGGCGAAGAGGCCACACACUGCGACGCCGAAGCGGCCGAAGCCGCCGCCCUCCGCGCCGCCGCCAGCGCGCCGGGAAGGGAGAAAGCGAAACGCGUGCUGUAUCUCGACAAGUUUGCGGUUCUGAAGCGCAGCCAGGGGACGGGCGGGGUGGCGGACGUGGUGUUUAAGGGGAUGGUGGAGUCCGUGCGGAGCGGGGCGCUGCGCGCGGAGGGGAUUGUGUGGCGGAGUCGGAGGUGGAAUAUGGUUAAUAAGUGGUAUUUCGAGCGUGCGAAAGGAACGUAUAAGAUACCCGACAGCGGGUGGACGAUGUUUUGGACGUCGCGGGAUGUGGGCGCGGAUGCUGAGGGGGUGAGGAGGUUUUGUGAGUAUGAGAGGGUGUGUAGGGCGAUUGUGCCGAGUCUUGUGGAUGAGUAG